UUGUGGUAUACUAUUAAACAUAGAGUUAUAAAAUUGUUAAUAUAGAGUUCUAAAAUUGUGACCAUGGACCCGGGUCCAUGGCAUAACAACCGCACAAUAUGAUAACCAGCCUAAGUUGCUCAUAGUUGACCAACUCAGCUCGAGGCCAAUAGACAUCUCCCACAAUAGUCAAACUUGCAACAUUUUGGUUAUCAAACUAAUUAUUUGACCAACUUGACAAGGUGCCUCUUAAAAAAUACUUUAAUUUAUAUCAAUAUUAUUGCAAUAGUAGCCUCUUUCUUCAGUUUCCUAAUUUCCUCCCUCUAUAAUAAUAAUAAUAACAACAACAAUAAUAAUAAUAAUAAAUAAAUAAUUUCUAUCUCAUCAGCAUUUCAGUUUCAUGUUCAUUUCACCUUUCCCUCUUACAAUGACAAUAUCAUCAAGCUUCCUUAUUUGUCUUCAUUCUUUUCUUGCCACAAUAUAUAAAUAAUAACUCUGAAUUGCUGUAUAUAUGUAAUGCAUACAUCCAUUCACAAAUCCAACCAAAUUAAAGAACGCUACAAUGUAUACCCACAGACAUCCAUUGAUCAUCUUAGGUUUCUUGGUCUCUUUGCAUUUUUAUUCAUCAACAUCCUAUGCUGUCUCACCAGACAUCAGUGGAAGAGACAAAGGCCCUUUUGGAGUGUCGAAGUCUGAUGAGAAAGGGUCAAACUUGGUACUGGAGGUGAGUAAGGAGGAUUAUGAAAACUGCAACACAAAGAAUCCUCCUAUAAAGAAAAUGGAUUAUGGAAAUUCAAUGUUCCAGUUUGGUCGGUCUGGCACAAUUUAUAUCAUCAGUGGAAAUCAAGAAAGCUGUGAAAAGGGUCAAAAAUUUAUCAUCGCUGUUCCUCCUCCUCCUACAGCUAAUCAAGAGACUCCCUUGUCGUCGUCUAAGGGAUCUUCUCCACCCUCUCUGUCAUUAGGCCGUGUUUCUGAGGUUGCUCCAACUAAAACCAUUACACCAUAUAGACAGGCCCCAAAAGCUGUUUCACCUAAAGGGUUUGUGACUUGUACACCAAUUAGCUACUCUCCAACCAAAAGAUUCACUCCCGCUUCCCCAGAAGUAGUGAUUCCUACUAAAAGCUCUAUUUCAUCCUCACCCAAUACCUUAUCAUCAUCGCAUGCACCUGUCAAGGCUCCAAGCCACACUGCAACCACAUCUAUCUCGCCCUCCAUUGCAUCUAAACUACCUUCUUCUUCACUAUCACCAACUACACCGCAUGCUCCAUUAUCAUCAAACAUGUCUCCUCAAGGAUCAAGGAUUAUACCUUCUUCAUCACCAACUCCACUCACUGCUCCAUCAUCAAACAAAUCCCCGGUUACGUCUCCUCAACGACCAAGUAUCAUUGCUCCAACUCCAUCAGGUUCACCACAAAAGUCUAAUUCAGCAAUUGGAAUGCCAAUUACACCUACACUUAUCUUCGCAUCACUCCUCUCACUGUUGCCUUACAACAAUUAUUUACUAUUUAUCAUUAAUUAAGAAUACAAGUACUUCCAGUGGAUUUUGUUCAUUGGGUAUCCAAAUAUUUUUAUUCUCUUUUAUUUCGUUAUUUAUUUUAAAUCUUUUGGAUCACUUGAGAUGUAGUUACGUUGUAUAAAAAACUGCU